CCGCCCUUCCUGCACAGUUUGGGUUCCUUUAGCGAGGCUGCCCUAGUACCGCGUGGAGGUGUGUGUAGGUGUCUCUGCGCGUCCCGUCGGGUGCCCCCACGAGCGCGAUGGCCGAGCUGUAUUUGGCCGAGGAGCUGAUGUGCUCCAUCUGCCUGGAACCCUUCAAGGAACCCGUCACCACCCCGUGCGGCCACAACUUCUGCAGUUCAUGCCUGGAUGAGACGUGGGUCGUCCAGGGCCCGUCCUACCGCUGCCCGCAGUGUCGCGCCGAGUAUCGGGUUCGCCCGCAGCUGCAAAAGAACACGGUGCUGUGCGCCGUGGUGGAGCAGUUCCUGCAGGCCGAGCAGGCGCGGACCCCCGCGGACGACUGGACCCCGCCUGCCCGCUCCGCCGCCUCCAGCUCAGACACCCAGGUGGCCUGCGACCACUGCCUGAAGGAGAUGGCGGUGAAGACGUGCCUCGUGUGUAUGGCCUCUUUCUGCCAGGAGCACUUGAGGCCUCACAUCGACAGUCCCUACUUCCAGGAUCACCCCCUGCAGCCGCCCGUCCGUGACCUGCUGCGCCGAAAGUGUCCCCAGCACAACCGCCUUCGGGAAUUGUUUUGUCCUGAGCAUAGCGAGUGCAUCUGCCAUAUGUGCCUGGUAGAGCACAAGACCUGUUCCCCUAAGCUCCUAAGCCAGGCCAGCGCCGACCUGGAGAACAAACUGAGGCAUAAACUCAGUGUCAUGCACAGCCACAUCAACGGGGCAACCAAAGCACUGGAUGAGGUGAAAUCGAAGCAGCAGAGUGUACAGGAUUCUAUAAAGAGGAAGAUGGAGCAGCUGAGACAGGAAUAUGUGGAAAUAAGGGCUGUGGUCGAUGCUGCAGAGGCCAGCUCCUGGCGCAAGUUGAAGGAGGAAGAGAAUAGAGUCUACGGAAAACUGGACACCAUCUACAAGGUUCUUCUCAAGAAGAAGAAUGAGAUGCAGAGUCUGAAGGCUGAGGUUGAGCUCAUCCUGGUUAAAGGGGAUGAGUUUGAGUUUCUGGAGAAAGCUGCAAAACUGCAAGGAGAGUCAACGAAACCAGUGUUUAUCCCUAAGAUAGAACUGGAUCAUGAUUUGAUAAAGGGAAUCUACCAGGGUGCAGUGGACCUCAAGAGAGAGCUCAAGCUCUCCCUCAAGCAAGUACAGGAGAAGAAGACUCAGGAGCACUCUGGCUCAGGUAACAACAGAUGGCCGCUGAGCCAUCUCACCAGCCCCCAGCACAUUAAUGUCAAGGGUCCUAAAACUGCCUCUGCUUUGUCCUGAUGUCACAGCUACUUUUCCAUCGGGCAUCGGAGGCCAGCAGAAUGGCUUUGAGUAGACUCUGGGUUGCCAGGGUAUUUGGUGGGCAGAGGACUACUUUCAGAGAAAUCUCAAAUUCCUCCUUAUUACUCCUUUGUAUUCCUGCCUCUACGUCCCAACCAGUAUCAUGUUUCUCUGCUUUACACAGACACACAGACACAAGCACACACAUAUACACACAUCACUGCCUGCCAACACCCAAUUCUGGGGCCUUGUCCCAUUGUGUGCUAGACAAGUAUCCCACCAAUUCUAUACCUUGUAAGACCCCAGAGAUUCUUAACCUAUGUUCACUACCCCACAGGCCACAGCUUGAGGACAGAUUGCUGCAAUAACAUGAGGUUUAUUGAUCCACAUGUGUGUUGUUGCACAUCCUCUAAGGGAGAGACAACCCCGAGUCUAAACAGCAUACACCUUAUAUACUCUGACAGAAGGCAGAUUCAGCCAACAGGUCAGGUUGGCUUGCUCUCAUUGGUGCAGCAUCAAACAAAGGAUCUCUUCAGGGAUUGGUUGGUUUGCUCGAGGGGGCUAUUUUGGCUUCGCAGUCAUAUCCUGCCCCCUUAUCUAACUUUGCACCUUGAAAGUCCCUCGGAAUGGGCCAAGCUGGAAACUUCCUGGAAUUUUAGAUGGUGAGGUCAGGGUGUUCUCAGAAUUUAGCACAGGGAGGGGAAGGGGGUUUAUUCCAAGAACAUCUAAUAUUGCGACCACCAGUUAUUUUUGUUUUGGCUGGUCUUAGCCUGGUCAUUCUGACUUACCAUACUGUCCAUCAGAACUUUGUUUUCACAAUUUUGAAACUCCUUUCUACAUUCCCAGAACUUUAACAAGCAGAUGUUUCUACAUCUUUAUGACUUUGUUUCCCAGAACUUUAUUCUUACAUUCCCAGGCAGUUAGGUAUUAUCUUUAUUACUUCAUUCUCAAAACCUUGUUUUUACUUUUAUUUCUACAACCUAACCCUUGGCUUUUUGAAACGAGAUCUCUGUAGGUAGCACAGGCCAUCUGUCACCUCCCAAGUACUGGAAUUACAGAUGUAUACCACCACACCUAGCUGUCAAAUAUGUCCUUUCACAUCUGACCCUGCCCACUGAGCCCAGUGAAACAGCAUCUGGCUGCUGCGUGAUACCAUCACCUGCUCCACGACCAUGCUAGCUUCCUACAAGAAUUCUCGAGCUUUCGGGUUAUCCUAAGAUGGCAGACCAGACCCUUGACCUUGGCCAGCAAGCCAGAGUAGGUUCUGUCUUUUCAUCUUUGGGUCCCUGAAACACCUCCCACCAUUGCUCUCUAUUCAGUCUCUCAGUGCCAUGCUGCCUGCCACAGGACCUUUAUAUAUAUCCUCUCCAUCACAUUGCUUGGCGAUUCUUCAUGAGCUUAUCCCUUUCUACUGUUUCUUUGUAUUUUUGGUUUUGUUGUACUGCCAACUGAACCU